GCGCGCCAAAUUGCGUGUUGAACAGGACGAAGUAGAGACAAUGGGCAGCAUUAACAAGAUCCUCCUGGAAAACAUACUACCAGCCCAUGUCGCGGAACAUUACUUGAUCAACAGCAAAAUAUCAGAUGAACUCUACCACGAAUGCUACCGUAGUGUGGCUGUGAUGUUCGCUUCCAUUCCUAAUUACAAAGAAUUCUACGAUGAGACAGACAUCAAUAAACAAGGCCUUGAAUGUCUACGGCUUCUAAACGAGAUCAUAUGUGAUUUUGACAAACUUUUAUCAAAGCCUAAGUUCAGCUGCGUGGAGAAGAUAAAGACCAUUGGAAGCACCUAUAUGGCAGCAGCGGGUCUCCAACCAGGAAAGGAAGAAAAUGACAGCGAGGGGGACCGAACUCGAGCGCAGCACAACCUGGUGUCGCUGCUGGAAUUUGCUAUAGCACUUAUGUCACUGUUAGAUCAAAUCAACAGGGAGUCUUUUCAACGCUUUAGACUGCGUGUCGGUAUUAACCACGGUCCUGUCAUAGCUGGUGUUGUUGGGGCACAAAAACCACAAUACGAUAUCUGGAGUAACACAGUUAACGUGGCCAGUAGAAUGGACAGCUGCGGCAUAACUGGCCGGAUACAGGUUACCGAAGAAACGGCUCGAAUUCUCAUGGAUUGUGGCUACGAAUGCGAGUGUCGAGGUCUAGUCAAGGUGAAAGGAAAAGGAAACCUCACCACGUACCUCGUGAAAACUCAGUUUGAUAAGUUUGACGAAGACGUUCCCUCGCGGCUCUGAUGAGUUAUAAAAAUAAAACCGAAUUUCACUGUGGGAAAGGAAGUAGAUCAAAGGAUAAGUUCACUAAAAAAGAAAUUUCAACAGCUUACUAGAAAAUUAAACCCAUUUUGGGGGAUCUACAGAUUCACUUGACAAGGCAGAGCGAAAAAAGAACUAACAUAAAAAUGUAAGGCAGACUGAUUUCUCUUUUGACAGUUCCGAUGGUAAGAAUAUGGAGCAUUGUGUAAAAACUUAGUAAAGAAGCUUUCAAACUGUACAGCAGAAGGUCUGAGACUGAAAAUCAUUAUUUCGACUGACAACAAGUGGUAAGAAGAGAAAAGAACAGGAUUGUAAUAUAAUUCUGUCAACACAAACUACACGUGAUCACAUUAUGAGCUCUAGGUUACCAUCGUCUCACCAGAGGGUUCAAACGCUUCGCUUUAGGUAUUUUCAAGGUGGCAGAUGUUGCGAAAAUUCUCGGAAAUUAACUUCAACUUUGACUUGAUAGAGCGUAAGUCUUAAAAAGAAAUACAGUUUUUUUUCAAAUCAAGACAGUUAUAUAAAUAUUAAAAAAUAUAUUUAUUCUCUAACGCGUUUUCGAGGACAGCUAUUAAAUCGAAAUUGAAAUAAACUAUCGCGUCUGGUUAAAUUAAAUAAUAAAUUUGAAGCUUUGCUGUCUGCAAUAGCCCCAGUCAUCUUAUGGUAUAGGCUUUUCGGUACUUGUACGUUGCAAGAAAGGCUCACGCUUGAUGUCU